AUGCAAACAACAAUUCCAAAACAAUUAAAAUUACGUGUUACACAAGCAUGUACAGAAUUUUGUGCUACAGAUAGUCGGGCAUUCAAUCUGAUAACAAGUGAUGGUUUUCAGAAUCUUGCAAAUGUUUUAUUUGAUGCCGGUCGUUCAAUGUAUAAAUCUUCAAUUCAAAUAAAAGAUCUUCUUCCACAUCCAACAACAACUGGUCGAAAUGUUAGUCGACUUUAUGAAGAAUAUAAAUUGCAUUUGGUUGUUUGUCAUGUAAGACGUUCAAAUCAACAAGAAAGUUUAUCCAAGAAACGUGUCUCUUACAGUGAAACUCGAUUUAAUGGUGGUUUAAUAAUGAUGGAUAAUUUUCGAGAUCUUUUCUUUGAAUUACAAUCAGCAUUAAUUAAUAGUAGUUUUAUGAUGAAUUAUAACUUGAUUGAGAAAGAUCUGCUUGAUGACGUUUCGCGACGUUUGAAUAAUGCUUCGCCAGUAACAGAUGAACAUCGAUUAGCAACGAUUUUGCAUCCAAAACUAAAACAUUUUGAUUGUUGUCGUUAUGAAAAAGAAAAAUCUAUCGAUAUAUUAAAAUUAGAAUUUAAAAAACAUCAAUCAAUUAUUUCUUUAUCUUACACAAAUUCAUUAACUCCUACAUAUGGCGAUUUGCAAUCUUCUUCAUCAGCAUCUGCGCCAGAUACAGCAACAAAACCAAAGAAUCUUUUAGUACAAUGUUUUGAUGCAAAAGUCAAUAUUGUUUGUAAACGAUCAAAUCCAUUCCAAGAAAUUGAUGAUUAUUUAAGUUCUCAUAUUAGUCAAAGUUAUUGUAAUGAUGACAAAGUGAUGACAUGGAUGUAUUAUUAUUUUGGAAAGAA